AUGCUUUUAGCAAACUCCUCGCUCUGCAAGGCAAUGGUGCCUGUGCAUGCAAGCAUGCACAGCAGCGUUUGUAGCAUGCAUAGACGUGGAAGCCAGGCGACCAGAAGGAAAACACAUCUUGCAUCCCUCAAGGCAAGGCCGCUGCAGUUUGUGUUGCAUUGGAGCCCCAAGAGUGCAUUUGGGUGGCGAGUUGGCCACAUAGCCAAACAACCCAUUGGGGGCUUCCGCCAUUUUGCACAGAAGGAACCCUCUGAUGUGAAGAUUGAAUUCGAUGACGAUGAAGAUCUGCUGGAUGAUGCGGACAAGGAUAUGGACUUUGAUGACAUUGAGCUGGAUGAUGAAUAUUACAAGUCCCUGGGAAUGACAAAAGAGCAAGCUGCAGAGGAACAGGCCUCUCUGGGCGUUGAUUAUGCUGACCCUGAGGGCUUUGACCUCACACUGGAGAAUCUGGCCAAACUGCGGCCUGAUGUGAACGAGAACAUUCUGAAAGCCCUGCAAAAUCAGAAGGUGUUUGGCCCACCGGUGGCCCUCCUUGCAGGUUUCAAAGUCGAAGAACUGCCUGUCGUGCGAGUGCUUCUUGAUUCAGCUGGAGGUCAUGCUGUCAAAGUAGUGCCUGUAAAGGCUGACAUGAUGGCCAUGCACGUCAGGGAUGCUGUUCACCUGCCGGAACCUGAUUGGGAGAAACCAAGACCAGAGAACUUCACACUGGGUGGUGGGUGGGGCUCCCAGAGGGUGAUCGUCUUUGGUGGUGUGAGAGUUGAGGCCCAGGCUGCAGUGGUGGAACUUCUUGAAGAAUCUGGUUUGCCGCCAGUCUGUGUUGGAGUUGCUGCUGAAGAGACACAAGACAUGCUGCUGGGAGAACUGCUGGCUGAGGCUGUGAAGAUGCAGCGGGGCCGCAAGAACCCAGAUAAGCAAAUAUGGGACACAGAAGGGCAUGUCUCAAAUAGGCUGCCCAACCUUCAGGACUUUCUCCAGAAUGAGAUAAAAGAACGAGUCAGCUCGAUUUCAGAAGCCCUUGAAAGUGGUAAGCUGGAGCUGGAGGAAGAUGAUGGAGAAAGCGUUCUGCAGGUUCCUUUGGGUGAUAUUAUCCCUGAUGAUGUGCCAAGAGACCAAGUCAAUGUUGAAGAGUUGAUCAAGAAGGCUACUGGGCAUGACGGAGAGUUUGCCAUUGAUGGCUUUGAGCAGGAGCAUGACAGUGACGAGGGUGACGACGAGCGGAUGAGCAGCAUAGACCCAGAACCCGAUGCCGAAGAUGCUGGCAUCUCCAGUGGUAAAGGCCAGGAAGAGGAUCCUGAUGAAUGCAAAGGGAAGUUCGGCAGUGGACAGAUGGAUUUGGGGCCUGCAGGUGAAUCCAACUCACUGCAUCAAAGAAUUGAGAACAGGGCUGACGAUGGAAACCAGGCCCCAACAGCAUUGCCUGGAGAACUGGAUAGCGACCGAGGCGCCACUUCACUUGCUUCAGAACCAUCUUCGUUGUAUGCUGGUCGAAUGGAAGCAGAUGCACCAGCCGAAGAGGUGGUACGACCCAUGUGUGGCAGUGAGAAUUCACAGCACCAGGACAGCGAGGUAUCGUCGCAUACAAGUGGUGCCGUGAGUGAGGGUAGGUUGAAUGGAGAUGGUGCAUACUCUCCAGAGCAAAGUGCUCCUAUGUCUCCAGGUAUUAGGAAUGACUUCACUCUAAUUGAUGAUUUGGUUGAGGGGCUGGCGUCCCAUAAGGAUACGGGUGUGGCUGGCACUGGUCCAGCUGCAUCUGGCAAGCAGCAGGACAGCCAGGAAGCUGUGCAGGCAGCGGCAGGGCAGGAGCCCAGCCAGGUGCUGCCAAGGGAAUCAGUUGGUGGCAGCUCUGAGGAUCGCAAGCCUGAGAGAGCUGUAAGUGCAAGCCUUGAUGGGGAGCUUGCUAGCUCCAGUGCAGAAGCAGCAAUCGAUGCUGGGGUGCAGAAUGCACCAUCUGUGGGCCUGGAUGCCAGUGAUGCUGGUGCAAGGAAGGAAAGCCAGUCGGAUGCUUCUGCUGCACCACCUUCUGACGAUGCCCCCAUUCAGGAUGCCAACGGUCCACCAUCAGCGCAGGUGUUUGAUGAUCAAAAUGGGAUGGAUCAACGGAAGUCGCUGAAUCGGAACAGGAGCAGCAAUGGUGCCAGGGACUCAGGUGUACUGACGGCAGGUGCAGCAUCAGCACUGGAUCCACGAGCAGCCAUCCAGUCGGCUCUUGCAUCCGGUGCAGACCCAGAAGCGUUGAAGCGCAUGAUAGAUGACAUGGCAGGAGGAUCAUCUGGAGUAAGGGGACCGCAACCCAUGGGAGCAAGAGGAAUGCCAUCUGCAAGGCCGCGAACACGACCUGCUGCCAUCCAACGUCGCAAGCCAGUGCGACGCUUUGUCUCUCGGAAAGAUGUCAGCAGCAUUAAGACAUCGAAGUCCCAGGAUGGCCAGAAUCGUCGCAGCAGUUCCCCAAGGGUGGUCCCCAUGGAUAUCAGUGACGAUGAAGACCUUGCAGGCAUGGCAGAGGCAUUUUUUGGUCUGGAUGACAACGGUGAAAAUGACUAUGGAGAUGCCGGAAUGGGUGGACAGGGUGAAGCGGUUGAGUUCAAUGACCCUGAGUACGAAGAAUGGCUUAAAAAGGUGGCCAAAUGGGAGGCCCAGGGCCUUCCACUGGACGUGGAUUCCCUUGGCGAGGCGAUCAAGGAAGAUAUUGAGAACAGCAGUCCAGACAGCCCUGAGUCUGUGGCCAGGGCUCGAAACAUGACUGUCAAGGAACUAAGGGAAUAUGCAGACAAACAGGGGAUGGCAUUCACAACCAUGCUCAAAGACGUGGAGAACAGUGGAAUUGAGCUGGAUGCGGAGUGA